AUGACUUUGCUGACUGGAGUGGGCUGGGAAUGCAAAGGCCCUCUACAAGAAGGGCCAGAGCUGGCUCUACUUCCUGCAGAGGCUCAGAGUGGCGAAACUUGCUCCCACUUCUCACAGGGCUUUGGUAAUGUGGGUCUCCACUCCAUAAGGUACCUGCACAGGUUUGGAGCCAAGUGUGUGGGCAUCGGUGAGAUUGAUGGAGCCAUCUACAACUCCGAGGGCAUCGACCCCAAACAGCUGGAGGAAUACAAACUGCAACACGGCACCAUUGUGGGCUUCCCAGGAGCCAAACCCUACGAAGGGAACAUUUUGGAAGCAGACUGUCACAUCCUGAUCCCUGCUGCUGGAGAGAAGCAGCUUACACGUGUCAACGCCCCCAAGAUCAAGGCUAAGAUCAUUGCUGAAGGAGCCAAUGGUCCCACCACCCCAGAUGCUGACAAGAUCUUCCUGGAGAACAACGUCAUGGUUAUUCCUGACAUGUACCUGAAUGCUGGCGGUGUGACAGUGUCUUAUUUCGAGUGUCUGAAGAAUCUCAACCAUGUCAGCUCUGGAAGACUGACCUUCAAAUAUGAGAGGGACUCAAACUACCACCUGCUCAAAAUUGAUGACAAAUUCCCAUCACAAGUUGCCAGAGCCAAGUUGGGUUCUAAAAAAGAAAAGUAUUUCUGUUCAUAUGAGAAGGUCCAAAUUCUCAAUGAUAGAAUCAUGCAACCAAGCUUAUGUUUGUUAUUGUUAAUAACAAUACAUUUUCUGUAUCUUCCCUUGCAGGGUGCCUCUGAGAAGGAUAUUGUUCACUCUGGGUUGGCCUACACCAUGGAGAGAUCUGCCAGGCAAAUCAUGCGCACAGCAAGCAAGUACAACCUGGGUCUGGAUCUCCGGACGGCCGCCUACGUCAACGCCAUCGAGAAGGUCUUCAAAGUGUACAACGAGGCGGGGCUUACCUUCACAUAAAUGGCUAAUCACGAUCCACACCCCCCCGCCCUCCUGCUAUUGAUAACCCUCUAGGGCCUUCAAAACAUAUCACUGUUUACCGCUGCUCCUUGGCUCUUUCUCUCUCUCUCACACACACACACACACACACACACACACACACACACACACACACACACACACACACACACACACACACACACACACACAGCCUAUCCUGGUAUAUUCCCUGUGAUCUUUGUGCUGCCAUUAUACUGUAUCUGCAUCUCUGUUUUAAUGUUGCCCUGUUCUUGUUUUGGCCUGAGGUUAUAUUGAGGAAAAAGCAGACAGAGUACAAUCCUGUCCCCCGCUCUGCCCUCAUAUAAACAUUCAUGAUAUUGUUGUAUGGCAGCCAUGUUCAGAGCACCCGUUAUGUGAUCUCGGAGUGCACGCGUGACCCUCCUGCGGCGAUGGUUUCAGUUGACAGCACUACAGAUGCCUUAUUUCAGAGAGUUCUGCUCUAAAAGGGAGACGGCCACUUAAAUGUAACUUUAAUUAUAAGGGAUUUAGAUUUAACUUCAUAAGAAUAAAAGAUAAUAGUCAUUGUAUUACUCGUCGUCUCACUCUUCAGGUGUAAAGGUUAGUAGUUCAAUUGCCAAAGUUAAACAUUACAAACAAGGAUCCUUUUUUUUUUUUACUGGCCGAUAUUUGAGAUGCUCUUCCCCUCCCUUUUUCCUGCUUUUGCGUUCCUUUAUCUCAUAUUAAAAGCUGCUUCUCCCUGACCCCAAGAAAGAGGAUCAGGGAGGGCGCGAGGUGUCACUGUGAUCGCCCGUCCCCUGGUUGAAUUCUCCUCAGUUUUAAUCGUCCAGUUCCUCAACAUUGAAGUUAUUUUGGAGGAAAUUACUUUUUACUUUAGUUCAUUUU